AUGAACACCGUCAUCGUCGGGAUUUUUGUCGCCCUCGCCCUCUACGCCUGGUCCCGCUCGGCCAAGAGCGACAAGCUCCCGGUCCCGCCUGGUCCCAAGCCAGUGCCGAUCCUCGGUAACGUCCUUGACUUGACCGCAAAGGAGCUUUGGCUCCGCGCCACUGGCUGGGCGAAGCAGUAUGGCGACAUCGUGUAUAUACAUCUCCUCGGACAAGGACUCGUAUUCUGCAACACCUACGAGGUUGCACAGGACCUCCUCGACAAAAAGGGAUCUAUUUAUUCAGACAAACCCCACCUCGUCAUGGCCGGCGAACUGUGCGGAUGCCAGAACAUGGUCGCCUUCACGCGCUACGGCGACAUGGCGCGCCGCCAGCGCAAGCUGAUGAACUCGGCCUUCGGCAUCGCUGCCGUCAAGCGAUACCGCCCACUGCUAGCAAACGAGAGCCUCCUCCUCCUCAAACGGAUCCUCGCCGACCCCCAGGACUACCUAGGCUACAUCCGUCGCUACGCCGGCGGCCUCACCCUGCAGUCUGUCUACGGCUACAGGGCGGAGACAAACGACGAUCCUCUCUUGAACCUUGGCCAGGAGUGUGUGGACAUCCUGUCAAACAAGAUUGCCUCCGGAGGCGGGAUCUGGCCGGUCGACAUCUUCCCAUCCCUGCAACACCUCCCGAUGUGGUUUCCUGGUGCUGGCUUCAAGCGCAAGGCGGUGAUGUGGCGUGCGAAGAUGGAAGAGUUUGUCGACAGGCCGUACGAGAUGGUUCUUGAGCGCGUGAGGAGUGGCACCGCUGUGCCCUGUUUCGUCACGACACUGCUCGACGAAGCCCGCGACGAGAAGAGCGAGACGGUCGACCCGCAGCGCGACUUCGAUAUCCGCUGGACCGCCAACUCGAUGUUCUCCGCCAGCACAGACACGACGAUCACCGUCGUGCAGAUGUUCAUGCUCGCCAUGAUCACGCACCCGGACGUGCUCCAGAAGGUGCAGGCCGAGCUCGACGCCGUCGUCGGGACGGAGCGCCUGCCGACGUUCGAGGACCGGCCGCGGCUGCCAUACCUCGAGGCCGUCCUCUCCGAGGUCCUGCGCUGGAGCGUGCCCGUCCCGCUCGCGCUCCCGCACCGGCUGACGGAGGACGACGUGUACCGGGGGAUGCGCCUCAAGGCAGGCACGCUCGUCUUCGCCAACGUCUGGAACAUGCUCCGCAACGAGGACGUCUGGCCCGACGCGCACGCGUUCCGGCCCGAACGCUUCCUCGAGCCCCCCGCCGCCGCCGACGAGGCCGCGGCGCGCCGGCGCGACCCGCGCACGUACGUCUUCGGCUUUGGCCGUCGCCGCUGCCCCGGCGUGCACCUCAUCGAGGAGAGCCUCUGGAUCGUGAUGGCCACGAUGCUCGCGACGACGGAGCUCGCGAUGGAAAAGGACGCGCGCGGGGAACCUGUCCCGCCGCAGAUCGACUUCAACAACUCUGUCUUCCGCACGCCUACCCCGUUCAAAUGCGACAUCCGGCCGCGCUCUCAGCAGGUUCUGCGGCUCGUCAGGCUUUCUGAAUGA